AUGACUUCAGCCGACAAGAACUCGCGGCAGUCCUCGGGAGGCAAGUCCUUCUUCUCCCGCAGCCGCCACAAGGACAAACGGAACACCAGCGACGACAGCAGCAGCGGCCGCUACCUGGGCGGAGCCGGAGAGUACGAGCCCAGCGUCGCCUCCUCGCGCGCCUCCUCGCGCCACCACCGCGACUCGUCGGUAGUCUCCAUCGACUCGCCAGACUCGCCCAGCCUUGGUCUGAAUCAGAUGGCCGGUGUUAUAACCACCAUUCCAUAUGACAACGCCCAGUCCGGCGACCGCCGCUCCCCCAUCCCCUCCGAGUAUCAGCAAAGGGGCGAUCAGAUGCCCGGGCGCCGGGACCCUCUGCCGCACCAGCUCAACAAGGCUGGCGUCGACUUCCACCAGUAUCCGACAUUCGAGCCCUCCUCAAGCAGCAUGCAGUAUUCCUCCACUGCUUCGCUGCAGCCGGGAGCGCGGGUCGUUCCUGGCUCCAACGUUACCAUGGCCUCCACUGGCCGCCAGCCUCAGCUCCAGCAAUGGGGAGCUGCACGCGACAGCGGAUACACAGCCGGCUCGCACAACUCCAGAUACAACUCGUACACCUCCGGAGGAAGAAGUUCAGCCGACCAGUCUAGCCUCUACUCACAUGCACUUCCAAGCGCAUCGUCUCAGAGCUCUUACCCGCUAAACUCCCCGCGAGAAUCCCACCGGCUCACCAAAUUCCCCGCCGGAUCGCCGCAGAUUGCUCAGAACGGCCACGAGGACUUCAAGCUACUGAGGCCGGACGAUGACAACAUUAUUGAGCAAAUGUUCCUCGCCCUCAUGCAGAAGCGUGGGUGGCACAACCUACCGGACCAGGCACGCCGCCAGAUGGUCGCCUAUCCGCCAGACAAAAAAUGGACCCUGAUCUACCAGGACCGCCUGGCCGAGUGGCAGGGUGAGCAACGGAGGCGGACCACCGCUCGCCCCGGCCAAUAUCAGAACUUCGACAUCACGACAUUCUCGGACGAGGAAGGUUCACCGGAAUGGUAUGUAAGGAAGGUCAUGGACAACAGCCUCGACAGCAAAGGCCUCGGUAGUCUCGAGGUCAACCUGAGGACACAGCAGAUCGGCUGGGUCAAGCGAUUCAUCGAAUGUCAGGGGCAGGUGGCCUUGACCAACGUCCUCAUGAAGAUCAACCGCAAGGCUGCCGUCGGCCCCGCCGUCCCCGAAAGCGCCACCAAGGGCGACAAGAACCUCGACCGCGAGUAUGAUAUCGUCAAGUGCCUCAAGGCCUUGAUGAACAACAAGUUCGGCGCCGACGAUGCGCUCGCCCACCAGAACGUCCUCAUUUCCCUGGCUGGCUCCCUAAUCUCGCCGCGCCUGAAUACGCGGAAGCUCGUGAGCGAGGUCUUGACCUUCUUGUGCCACUGGGCCGAGGGCGAGGGACAUGUCAAAGUCAUCCAGGCCAUGGAUGCCGUCAAGAGUCAGCAGGGAGAGAAUGGUCGCUUUGACGCAUGGAUGCGGCUCGUCGAGGUCACGGUCGACGGCCGCGGAAAGAUGGGCAGCCUCGUCGGCGCGAGCGACGAAGUCAGGAGCGGCGGCAUCGGCAUGGAGAACCUGCUUAUGGAGUACGCCGUCGCGACGCUCAUCCUCGUCAACAUGUUGAUUGGUGCCCCUGAGAAGGAUCUCCAGCUACGGGUGCACAUCCGCGCGCAGUUCACGGCGUGCGGGCUCAAGCGCAUCCUGAGCAAGAUGGAGGGUUUCCAGUACGACCUCAUCGACAAGCAGAUCGAGCACUUCCACAACAAUGAGGCUAUCGACUUUGAGGACAUGCUCGAUCGGGAGAACAGCAGCAUGAAGGACAGCAUGGAGGGCGAGGUUAAGGACCUGAGCGACCCCGUGCAGAUUACCGACUACAUCCAGACCAGGAUCCAGGGAACCAAGACGCAUGACUACUUCGUCUCGGCUCUCCAGCAUCUGCUGGUGAUCCGGCAGGCGGACGGCGAGGAGCGUCUACGCAUGUUCCAGUUGGUAGACUCCAUGCUCAGCUACGUGGCCAUGGACCGGAGGCUUCCGGACAUGGACUUGAAGCAGAGUCUGAACUUCACAGUCCAGAGCCUGCUGGACAAGCUCCACACCGAUUCCGAGGCUCGCCAGGCCCAGGACGAGUCCCUCGAGGCCCGGCAGAUAGCGGAUGCCGCCAUGGCCGAGAGGGAUGAGAUGAAGGCCCAGCUCGAGCUCGGCGCCGACGGCUUGGUUGCCAAGCUACAGAAGCAGCUCGACGAACAGGCCAGGUUUAUCGAGGCCCAGAAGCGGCAGGCGGACAGCCUCAAGUCGGAGCUGGAUAGUUUGCAGACCAUCCGUGCUAAAGAGGCCCAGAGAUACGAGCUGGAGACGCGCGAGCUGUACCUCAUGCUCAGGGAUGCACAGGAUGUUGCCUCAUCCAACGCCAUCAAGAGUGCGAAGAUGGGCGAGGAUGACCCGGCACAGGCACAGGGCAUUCUGGACCGCGAUCGACUCAUGGAGCGUUUGCAGAUGCAGCUCGAGCGCCAGAAGACUCAGUACAAACUCGAAGGACGGGUGUGGGGCGAGGCUACUGGCCCUUCGGACAAGCUACGGGCACUCAGAGAGGAGAUGGACGGUGUCGGUGGCGGCGAGGGCGAUCUUGUCGCCAUGGGCAAUAUCCCUGCGGGGGGAAGAGAUCUCACCAACAGCAUGCUGGGCAGCGUCAAGCGCAGCACCAAGCUGUCUCGCAAGCCGAUCAACUCUCGGGGCGAGUCCAUGGCGGGAGAAGACGAAAUCCUGGAGGAGGACGAGGAAGAGGAUGACGAGGGCGUCGUGUACGAGAAGCCGCGCAUUGUCGAACUCAGGAGGCCAGUGGUGGAUCCCAAGCAGCAAGCUGGCCUGAUGAACGAGAUCGUUGGCAAGAUCAAGAGAUACGACGGCAGCGACUCGGAGGGAGAUGAAGAGGGAGUCGCCACGGGCCCAUCACACCCCAGCCUAGAAACGCAGUCUCCGAUGGACCAGGAUCCCCCCAAGACCCCCAAGAUCCAGGUCACUGCUGCCCCCGGAGAAGGAACAGGAACCGGUGCCUCGGGAGGUGCCCCACCGCCGCCGCCGCCGCCGCCGCCUCCGCCCCCUCUACCUGGCCAACUCCCUGGUGUUCCGCCUCCGCCGGGUCAGUCCGGAGCUCCCCCUCCACCGCCGCCGCCGCCACCGCCUCCCAUGCCUGGGCAGCUUCCUGGUGCUCCUCCGCCACCGCCGCCACCUCCGCCACCACCUAUGCCUGGCGUAAAGGGCAUGCCACCCCCGCCGCCGCCGCCGCCGCCGCCGCCCGGCCCCGGUGCCAUGGCAGGCCACUUUUUGGCCAAAAAAGCAGGAUUCCCAGCAGGCCCUUCCCUCGGCCUGCCAGUGGUCCGGCCCAAGAAGAAGCUCAAGGCUUUCCACUGGGACAAGGUGGAUGCGCCAUCGACAACGCACUGGGCUGCACACGGGGCCUCGGCGGAGGAGCGGGAGGAGAAGUACAUGGAGCUCAGCCGCAAGGGCAUCUUGGACGAGGUCGAGAAGCUAUUCAUGGCCAAAGAGACGAAACUUAUCGGAAAGGGGAGCUCGCAAAAGGAGGAGAAGAAGCAGGUCAUCUCGGGCGACCUGCGCAAGACCUACGAAAUCGCAUUUGCCAAGUUUUCGCAGUACUCGGUCGACAAGAUUGUGCAAAUCAUCAUCCACUGCGACCCCGAAGUGCUCGACAACCCCGUCGUUAUGGACUUUUUGCAAAGAGAAGACCUGUGCAGCAUACCCGAGAGUGUGCGCAAGGGCAUGGCGCCGUACAGCAAGGACUGGACCGGGCCCAAGGCGCUGGAGGAGACGCGCGACCAGGACCCGAACGAGCUCACCCGGCAGGACCAGAUCUUCCUGCAGACCGCGUUCGAGCUCAACCACUACUGGCCGAGCAGGAUGCGGGCGCUGGCGCUGACGAGGAGCUUCGAGACGGACUACGAAGAGAUCUCGGAGAAGAUCCGGAUGGUGGUGGCGGCAUCCGAGUCCCUGAGGGACUCGGUGUCGCUGAUGAAUGUGCUGGGCCUGAUCCUGGAUAUUGGAAACUACAUGAACGACGCCAACAAGCAGGCGCGGGGCUUCAAGCUAAGCUCGCUCGCGCGGCUGGGCAUGGUCAAGGACGAGAAGAACGAGUCGACGCUGGCAGACCUGGUGGAGCGCAUCGUGCGGCAGCAGUACCCCGAGUGGGAAACCUUCUCGGGCGACAUCGCUGGGGUGCUGGCGGUGCAGAAGAUCAACAUCGAGCAUCUGCAGCAGGACGCCAAGAAGUACGUGGACAACAUCCGCAACGUGCAGUCGUCGCUCGACUCGGGCAAGCUGUCGGACCCAACCAAGUUCCACCCGCAGGACCGCGUCUCGCAGGUGGUGCAGCGCUGCAUGAAGGACGCGCGGCGCAAGGCGGAGCAGAUGGCUCUGUACCUCGAGGAGAUGAUACGGACGUACAACGACAUAAUGGUUUUCUACGGCGAGGACCCUGCCGACGAGAACGCGCGGCGCGACUUCUUCUCCAAGCUCUCAUCCUUUAUCCAGGAGUGGAAGAAGUCGCGCGAGAAGAACGUGCAACUGGAGGAGACGCGCCGCAGGAACGAGGCGAGCAUGAAGCGCAAGCACGCGCAGCUCAAGCCGUCGACGUCGAGCACGGGCGAGGGCACGCUGCCGAGCCCAACCAGCGCGGGGGCCAUGGACAGCUUGUUGGAGAAGCUCCGGGCGGCAGCGCCGGCGACGCGGGACCAGCGCGACCGACGUCGGCGUGCACGGCUCAAGGACCGACACCAGGUGCGGGUGGCGUCGGGGCAGAAGAUCCCGGACCUCAACGAGAUACCCGAGGUGGAGGCGGACCUGCAGACAGGACGGAGCGCAGGGUCGGCGUACGGCACAGACUCGGAUGGGAACCUGCUCAGCCCGGACCUGCCGUCAACCCGGGACGCGGCCGCGGUGGGGGCCGGGUCGCUCAACUCGCCAGGGACGGGCGACGAGAGCGACGUGGCGGCGCGUGCGGCCCUGAUGCUCCAGGGGAUGCGGGACGGGACCGAAGGCGGGCCCGAGGACGCAGAGAGGCGCGAGAGCAUGCGGCGCAUGCGGCGGCAGACAGCCGAGGAGGAACGGCGGGCGCGCCGGCAGAGGAGGGAAAAGACACAGUCGACCCAGGGCGACGGCAUCAACGAGACCGAGGACGACGCGCCCACGCCAAGGCCGGCCGAUGCGGGAGAAGGCGCCGGCGCAGCAGAUGCAGAAGCGGCAGGAGCGGCACCGCUAGAAGCAGCUUCAUGA